UGCAGGUGGCUUUAUUUCCACAGUGCUGUGCAUUGCUGCUGCAAAGCCACUGCCUUCCCCUUGCUUCUGAGACCUCCUUUUGGACCUAAACAUUCCGACGGGAAUAAGCACCCAUCUGCACGGGGAUGUUGGACUCUGUCACUCACAGCACUUUUUUGCCGAACACCAUGAUCUGCGAGCCUCUGAUGUCAUGGACAGAAUUGUUUGGGACAACAGAAGACUAUUAUCCCACCUUUGAUCAUCAGACAGUUGGUGAUUCUUGCUGGACAUCUAUUCACCCGGAAUACUGGAGUAAGCACAAUGUCUGUGAGUGGCUGCAGUUUUGCUGUGACCAAUACAAGCUAGAUGCCAACUGCAUCCCCUUUUCCCACUUUAAUAUUAAUGGCUUGCAGUUGUGCAGCAUGACCCAGGAAGAGUUCACAGAUGCUGCUGGUAUUUACGGCGAAUAUCUAUAUUUCAUCUUACAGAACAUCAGGGCACACGGCAUUUCCUUUUUUAAUGACGCUGAGGAAACCAAGCCAGCUGUCACGGAUUACAAUGAUAGGGCAUGCCUGAGAACAGGGACCAUGAAAAGUCAAGAAUGUCACAAUCACGGUAAAACAAGCAUGAAGAGUUCUCACUUGUGGGAAUUUGUACGAGACCUCCUCCUGUUUCCAGAAGAAAAUUGUGGCAUUCUCGAAUGGGAAAAUAGAGAACAAGGCAUCUUUCGGGUUGUUAAGUCAGAAGCUCUGGCAAAGAUGUGGGGACAAAGGAAGCGAAAUGACAGAAUGACAUAUGAAAAACUUAGCAGAGCUCUCCGAUAUUAUUAUAAAACUGGAAUUUUGGAACGCAUAGACAGAAGGCUAGUAUAUAAGUUUGGAAAGAAUGCCCAUGGGUGGCAGGAGAACAAUCUAUGAACUAACUGCCCCAUGCAUCAGACUAAUUAUGCAGUCUGCGACAUGAAGUGUUUGACUACAACAGACCCUUGAGAGAAGGAAUUUUUCUCCUGCAUCUCUCUUCUACUCCAGACUGGAGUUGACAACUCUUUGAGAGACUGGCCAGACAACAUGGGACAGCACACAAAAGGGAGGCUCUUCACAACUAUAUAUCUUCUUACCAGCAUUAGCUCGUGCAUAGCCUUUAUGAAAGUGACACUUAAGAUGCAGCUCAAGGUUUCAUUAAGAUGAAUUCUUAUCUGUGAUGCCUUUUCCUGUACCUAGAAGGGCUAUUAGCCCUCAGUUUGAAAUUACUGCUUACUACUGACAUUUAAAAGAAGUUGGUGAGGAUUUUUUUAUUGAAGUAAAGUUGUUAAAUAUUUUGCAGAACAUACAAUGUUUUUUCCUAUUCUUGGUUAGAAUGUCAGUAUUUUGGUUCUUCUACAGAAAAUAUUGUGACAGGGUGAGGUCACAAACAACCCCAUGGGGUGCUUCCCAGAGUGCUGACAAGGCCACUGCCACCCAUCUUCCUGCUCUCUGGGUUGCCCUUUGCCUGGUCUCCCCCAGCCAAGGCUCAGAUCUGCGAUCACUGCCCUCUCCCUGAGGAUCAGUACAGAUGCUGAAACUCUUCUGGUCCAAGGAAAAUGCAGUUGGGGGCCCAGCUUCCUGGUAUAUCACUCCCCAUAUGGGAUCAGAACCCCGAAUGAAUUAUUUAGGUAUGCCCCCUUUAACAAGGAAAGAGGAUGUACAUACUGAUUGCUCCCCCAAGUAACAAUUAUUUACGCUGGGCUUGAUAGUAAAUAAAAGUG